UGAGCCGAUGAUUCUACUGGUCGCGCACGUGUCCGGAAGUGAAGACGACCAAUCAAACAGCGCGGAGCUUUGCCCCAGCUGGACUGUCCGAGUCCGACCUGCAGUACCUGUCAGCACAAUGCACUUCUCCCGUGACAGUAACGACUUUCCACGGUGAUUUUCUCCCACAGAGCAGCUGACGCGCUUGUUAAAAUGACGGAACACUAAUUACCUUUGUGGAGAAAGCUCGAGCUCAGUUUGUGCCUCUUAUUAUCUUGCACGCGCCUGGACUCUGGAAUGACAUUUGUUGCCUCUAACAGGAUGGAGUGGCUUCUUCAGAGAUGCCAUAAAGAGGCAGCCUGCCACUCUGUUAUUCGGACGUUUCUGCUCAUUUUAUGUUUGCUCCUCGUCCUGUCUGUGUCCAUGUAUCCUGGGUUGAGGUCCAUUGGGAUCCAGCUUCAUUCAGCGUUAAUGGGGAGUUACGUACCAGGCCACCACUCUCUUCUUCUCAUCAACAGUCCCAACGAACAGGCAGCGAAGGACAUAGGGAGGGCAAUCAUGGAGAGGCGGCUUGCAGCCAGUGUUAACAUUCUCAGCAGGACGUCCACAAUGUAUUACUGGAAAGGUGAAAUCCAGGAUGCAAGUGAGAUUCUGAUGCUGGUGAAAACAAAGACCUCUAGAAUCCAGCAGGUCAUAGACUAUGUGAGGUCAGUUCAUCCCUACGCAAACCCAGAAGUCCUCAGCUUCCCGGUGGAGGACGGCAGUCUGGCUUACAUGAAGUGGAUGGAUGAAGCCAUUCCUGAUGACUGAUCCGUCAUCAAAAAACAAAGACAGUGAUUACCUGGACUGCAGGUGAAUAAGGACGCUGAGGACAGCAUGUUUGAAAGCUUUACACCGAGUUGGAUUGAAAAGCUGAAUACAUCUAGACCCGUUUGGGCUCUGACCUUUUAACUGUGCAUUCUACUAUGUACUGUGUUGAUUUGAUUUGUACCACAGCUACAGGAAUCAGUUGCUUCUCACUGCCUCACAGAUUGCAGCUAACGUUUUUUAACAGAACACCCCUAAUAAGUUGUUGCAUGUGACAGGUCAAUUCAAAGUCAAGGGAAGUGACCGUAACAGGACGAACAAACAUAGCUGCUUGAAAAUUUAAAGGACUUAAGAAAGCCCCCACAGUAUGGGUGAGAUAAUACGGUCUAAUGUUUCCAAUAAUGGACUUGAAAGUACUAUCACUUCUCUGCAUAAUACAUUCAAUGCCCACCCCUCAAUAUGCAUAAUACUUAUGCAUUUUUGCACAGCAUAACACUAUCCUGUUGCAGCAAUAAUAUUUCAGGAUUAGAAUCCUGUCACUCCAGUUCAGCUUUUAACCUUUGUAUUUAUUUAAGAUGACAUCAGUCUGGGAAGCCGUUUGAGGGUCGAGGUAAAGUAGGGCUGAACAUGGUGAGAACUUUUAAGUCAUUGUCAUGCAAUGGUAUUCAACUUAAUCAGCGAUACUGAUUGAACUUCAGUUCAAUAGAUUAUUAUUGAUCUGUUAGGCUGGAGGAGAGUUCCUGUGUUGGUACAGAAAUCUCUGUAAGCAACACAACUGUUUGAUUUUCUCACUGUAAGUACAGGAGAGAGAGUAAUACUGCUGAAUCUCAGAGCUUGGACUGUUCCAGCGUUUUGUAACAUGUUUUUGUAUAUGCAAAUACGGCUACAUGAAUCCACUGAGGAUACUUCUUAACAGCCAACCUUUGCCCCAUCUCUCCUCUGUGUUUUUAUCUAACAAGCAUAAAAUGUUUUGUUUGUAUCUUAGAGAACAGAUGCUGACUGUGUCUGUCAUUCUGUAGUUACCUGGAUUCCUUCUGUUUCAAGUAUGCAUUGAUCAAAAUUGUGUAUUUUCUUUUGUUUUAUGUUUUUUUCCGUCGUCACAAUUUCCAAGGGCUUUAAAAUUCCGGUUACACUGUGUCGCAUUUGGGAUAACACCAAUCAGACAGCCAUGCACGCUUACCUCCCUCUACAAAAACACACACUAAGCCUCCGUCUGCAGAGCGUGUUUCCGGCAUGAGGCCUCACUCGACAAAAAAAAAUGCAGACACAGUUGAGUUGGCUGUUGUGUCUGUGGAGCCAAAAUAAUCCUCCACAUCAAGCCAGGAGAUCAGGACAUGUGGGCAGUGAGAGAGUGAGUGAGUGUGUUUAUGUGGGAGUGAGUGAGUGUGUGGGUGUCUUUUCCUUUUAAUGCAUUUGUUGAAUUGAAUGUGUAUGUACAGUUUAUAUACAUGAGCUUGGUUUGAAUAAAACACACAUUUGCAGAAAAAAUAAAAAGUAUAAUGCA